GCUCGGAUAUGAGUAAAUGACGUCAGCUCCCAGGUCGCCGAGCAGUGAAACAAACAUGGCGACAGAAUGGAGCGGGCAGCAGGGUUACAUUCUCACUGUCAUUAUCUGCCUGUGGAGCGCGGUCGGGGGUCGAACGGAGGCGGUGGCGCAGGCUGCUGCCGCGGCAGCGGCGGCGGGGACCGGCGGCAGGAGCAGCGGCAGCAGCGGCAGCAGCAGCAGCAGUGGCGGGAGCCAGGUGCUUGGCAUGCGGCUGGAGAGCAGCGACAAGCCCGCCGGCACCAAUGACGAUGGUGUCACCCAGGUGACUGAGCAGAGCUCCGUGGUGCUCCGGUUCUACGGGCUUCAGCUCCACUCGGGCACCUGGACGCACAUUCGCUUCACGGAGCUCAUGGACGGUGGAGGAGGAGGUGGAGGAGGUGUGGAUGGAGAGACGGGUGAGGAGGAGGAAGCGGCGGCAAAGAACGGCAGCGGCUUGAUGGACGCGCCGGACAGGACUUGUGCCGAUUUCACGAAGGACGUCAGUGUCGGGACCUUCAUGAAUGUCAGUAGUCGCGGCACGUCGGGUCUGCUGACAGUUUACAUUAAGCCGCUCCGCAAGAGCGAGCCUCAGAAGGAGUAUGCCGUGUGCACGCUGAGCGCGGAUGGGAGCAGGUGGCUGCAGCUGGGGGACAGUGAUGGGAGGCUGCUGGUUGUGGAGGAGAAGAAGUCCUUGCUGCCCAUGUGGUUCAAAGUCAUCCUCGUCUCCCUCCUCUUGGUGCAUUCUGGGAUGUUCAGCGGCUUAAAUCUGGGGCUGAUGGCGCUGGACCCCAUGGAGCUGCGCAUCGUCCAGAGAUGUGGCACCGACAAGGAGAAGAAAUACGCACGGAAGAUUGAACCGAUCCGCAGCAAAGGGAACUAUCUCCUCUGCUCGCUUCUUCUGGGCAACGUCCUGGUGAACACGACCCUCACCAUCCUCCUGGAUGGUCUGAUCGGGUCAGGUCUGGGAGCAGUGGUGGCCUCCACCAUUGGAAUUGUCAUCUUUGGGGAGAUCGUUCCUCAGGCACUGUGCUCCCGCCAUGGCCUCGCUGUAGGUGCCAACACCAUCGUGCUGACCAAGUUCUUCAUGCUCCUCACCCUCCCACUGUCCUACCCCAUCAGUCGGCUGCUGGACGUGAUGCUGGGUCAGGAGAUAGGCACUGUGUAUAACAGAGAGAAGCUUGUGGAGAUGCUCAAAGUGACGGAACCCUACAAUGACCUGGACAAAGAGGAGAUGAACAUGAUCCAGGGAGCUCUAGAGCUCAGGACCAAAACUGUGGAGGACGUGAUGACGCCACUGGGGAACUGCUUCAUGAUCAAGACGGAUACUGUGCUGGAUUUCAACACCAUGACGGAGAUCAUGGAGAGUGGAUACACGCGCAUACCUGUGUAUGACGAUGAGAGGUCCAACAUUGUGGACAUCCUGUAUGUGAAGGACCUGGCGUUUGUGGAUCCAGAUGACUGCACCACUCUGAAGACCAUCACCAAGUUCUACAACCAUCCCGUGCACUUUGUGUUCCAUGACACCAAGCUGGACGCCAUGUUGGAGGAGUUCAAGAAAGGUAAAUCCCACCUGGCCAUCGUCCAGAAAGUGAACAACGAGGGCGAGGGAGAUCCCUUCUACGAGGUGCUGGGUUUGGUUACCUUGGAGGACGUCAUCGAAGAGAUCAUCAAGUCAGAGAUCCUGGAUGAGUCGGACCUUUACACCGACAACAGGAACAGAAAAAAAGUGGAUCCCAACAAAACCAAACGUGACUUCUCUGCCUUCAAGCAGGACGGCGACAGCAAGGUGAAGAUCUCGCCGCAGCUCAUGUUGGCAGCUCAUCGUUUCCUGGCCACAGAGGUGAGCCUGUUCAGCCCGCUCCAGAUCACAGAAAAAGUCUUACUGAGGAUUCUUCGACACCCGGACGUUAUCCAGGAACUCAAGUUCAAUGAAAACGACAAACGCGCGCCGCAGCACUUCAUCUACCAGAGGGGUAAACCUGUCGACUACUUCAUACUCAUUUUGCAGGGCCGAGUGGAAGUGGAAGCUGGAACUGAAAACAUGAAGUUUGAAACCGGCGCUUUCUCCUAUUAUGGAGUCAUGGCUCUGAAUGCACCAUCGCUGGCAGUCACCCCUCCGCUCUCCCCAACUGUGGCAUCACCCCCUCCGCGACGCCUCUCUCUUAAGAGGUUUUCUCUGUUCUCUCGUUUCCCAGAGUUCCGUUCUCCGUCACACGGGGGAAAUCUCAACCGCUCGGCGUCGCUGAGCUGCACUGAGCGCGCUCCUGAAGGCGGUUCAGUGAGCGGGAGCCACACUCAGAUCCCGGGCACUCCUCUCCAGUACAUACCAGACUUCUGCGUGCGAGCUCUCACUGACCUGCAGUUUGUAAAGAUCACUCGUGCUCAGUACCAGAAUGGUGUCCUGGCCUCCAGGCUUGACAGCACGGCGCAGUCUCCAGAAGGCAGCCACACUCAUCUGGACAAGUCCGUCUAUUUUCCCCCCAUCACGCCACCGGGGACACGCACUCCACUGCUGCUGGCCACGCCUCCUGGGAAGCGGCCACCCUCUAACGCUCACCCGACGCCGCCCGGCAGCCGCUCCGCUCAGCCGAAGACUUCCUCCUCUUCCGGCCGCAGGCCGAGCCAUUCUCUGCCCCAAACCACUCCCUCUCCAAACAGCCACACCCCCCUCUCCCAGAACCCCCCGUCCACCGUGAGUGCGGCACCGUUUGUCCUCAACCCCCACCCCAAUCUGCCCUCCAAGUCCCAGCAGUCACCGGAGAACGGGCUGGGUGAGACCACGGCUCUGCUCAGUGAGCAGCAGAACUGCGUGGGCCCCCGCAAACCCGGCCACACCCAGGCACACCCCCACCCACACACUCAUGCCCACACUGAAAGCACCAUCUAACUAAUUUGAAAAUCCCUGGAGGAAAACCACGUAAAAUCCCCGGGCACAACUUCCUCUUGCUGUUUGCUUGUCGUCCCCUGAACUUCUUUCUGCAGACGUCGGGGGGUGAAGCUGCGGAUUAGCACAUGGUGUGUAUUUUAUAAACAGAGAUCCUCCUUUAUCCACCUCGUGCAUGCCCCCACCCAUCACCCCACCUCCACUGGAAAAAAGAUGAGGAACAGACGACACAAAAGAGCAAAAGAACAGGAAAUGCUGGUACGGUUGCUAAUUGGUUUGGUUUGGAACAGUACGGUAUGGUUUGGAAUGGUAGUGCCCCAGGUCAGGCUUGCAUUUUGACUGAGAACAGUACCUUUACUUGGUAGGCGGGGGGUGGGCUGUGCCCGAUGGCAGCUUCGGUGAGAUACGUAGCAUCAAAUAUGACACAACAGGAGGCUCUCCAGCAGCUCAGUUGGUCUCAACAAGACAAAGUCAGACUUCGUAUGAGAAUAGACUGCGGGCGCUGAAGAAACACCGGUCGCAAGGGAGUGACAUUAUCCUGUCGCCCAAUCAGCUGACUGUCAUGGGUGGAGCCGGUCUAACUCCACCCCUCUGGUUCCCCAAGGGAAGGGUGCCAAAAAUGGAACGGUUGGGGGCCGGUUAUUUAGUUACUGUUCCUAAUGAAAAUGUAACGUACCGUACUGUUCCAAACCGAACCGUUCCACUCGGUGGAAACACGGCUAUAAAUAGAGGUGUGUGUGUGUGCGCGUGUGUGCGUGUGUGUGUCAGUUCACCCAAAUCACAAAAAGACUUAAAAGGUUUUCUAAUUUGGUUUGAAAAUAUUUCCUCUUAUUGAAAGUCCUGAGGCUUACAGUGUGUUCACGCUCCACUUGAUGUGACUCUGUGGUCACUGGAUCAUUUGUGGUGUAAACUAGGGCUGCAAGUAAUGAUUAUUUAAAUCUAUAAAAUAUCAGAAACUGGAAAGUUAUGUGAAGCAAAGAAACCAGAAAAAAUCUGAUAAGUUGUUUUAACUAUAAAAAAGGACACUCAAAGAGAUCAUAAAAUUAGUUGACGAUUAAUUUACUUAACUUACAAUUAAUAAUCAAUUAUUCGUUGAGGCCCUAUUCUAUCAGUUGAGUGUUCAGCAUUUAUUAGACCAAGUAGUUUAUUCUGCAGGUUCAGCUGGUGAGGCAGCUACUAAAGGCCACUAGGUAGUGCUGCUGCUCUCAAACAACAAAAACAAGCUGUUUUCCAGCUUCUCAAAUUGUCAAUAAACCAAUAUAUUAAGGUAUUAAUACGAUAUCUGACCGAGGAGAAUUUUAAAGUAAUUUUUUUUUAAAAUAAGAAACUCAUCGUCUCAAAUUUGGAAUAUUACAGAAUUAGUCACCAGCUAUUUAUAUCAUCGAUUUAUUGGUUUUUAGUGGGGGGCGGUUUAGAAUUAAAUCAAGCUCUCUUGGGUUUUCAGCUUCUUGAACUCCACAUAACGAAGAAAUCAUUCUAACUAAAUAAUUUUACUUACAUUUGAGAACAUCAUCAUUUUGGAGGUUUGGAAAAUAACCAACAACAUUUUUCAUUUUUCACGUUUCAUGGACCAAGCAACGAUUAAUUAAUUGAGGAAAUAAUGGAUCGAUUAUGAAAAUAAUCAUUGUGUGCAGCCUUAGUUUUAGUGUUUUAGUUUUUCAGACAAGAACAGAGAGUUUACAUUCCCUCCUGGUGUGUCCAGAUCACGGCUGCCUCCCUCACCCGUGCGUCACUGGUCACUGCUGAGAGAUGUUUUGCAUCCAUUUUCCAAAGAGUGAAAAACUUCCACAAAGUUAUGACGUUUCACAGUCAAAGUUUUAUUUUCCAGUACGUGUGAAUUUUGGACAGAUCGCUUGUUUCUAAUGUCGUUUGUUCGUUGGAGUUGAGCUUUAUUUAGUCCUGGUGUGAAUAGAUAAAUAUACUUAUUUUUUUUUAUUUUCAAUAUGUUUCAUUUAUUCCUAUGCUUCCGUUUAUAUUCAUCUCUAUAUGGCUUUAAAAUAAUUUGAAUUGUCAGACUUUUCAAAUUCAAAUCAAUUAAGUGAUGAUAAUAGCUUUUUUUGAAAAAAACAACAAAAAAAAACUAAACAAAACCGUUAAUUAAACGACAAUAAUUGAACACUCUUGACGUCUAUAACACUUCCAGUGUCUGGAAGUUCUUUCUUACAGUGUAGAGGAAUAAAUGGAAACCAAUGAGUGUCUGAAAAGCAAUUCCAAAUUUUAAAUUCCGCAGCAUGGAAUGGGAAGUAGUUAGUACGACAUAUAUUACCCAUGGUUUGUAGGUGAGGAGCUAAAAUGUGAAGGUGGCCAUGUUUAUGGAACACUUCCUGACCAAAGCAAUAUGUCACGCUAAGUGAUAGUCAUGUGACAGUUUGUGGUUUUAUACUUUAAAAGGUUUCGCUUGUUUAGUUUUGCGUUCUUCGAUUACACGUCAAAGUAUGACUUAUGUUUCCAGUUUCAACCAAAUAUUCCUCACUGUGAAUCGAGCUCCCGCUCAAAUCUUUACGCAGUCAGAAUGAAUUGAACGUCUGACCCCUAACUGGACCUGACUUUAGCUGCGACAUGCCGACAUGACACUGUGGACUGAGGUCAUGCACUGUACGUAUGUCACUCGACAACCCAGUCUCCCAAGAUCAUAUGUUGCCUUUGUCCAUUUCU